AUGCACAAGCAAAGGCUGUCAACAACGAUUCAGCAACCCGGAUCGACAGCAGGAAAAGGACCAGGCCCUUCCUCUCAAAAGGUUAAGAUCGAAAUCUCAUCGAUCGAAACCAAAAGCCUGAAGAACUUGGUUCUCAAGUUAAAACCUGACAGUGAGAAGUCAGGAGUAUCUGACAGUGAGAUGUCAGGAAGGGAAGAACUAUCCAUCUGUGAAGGAGGUUCUGCCCAGGAGAAGCGUAAUCAUGAAAAUGGUUGCCAUCCACAACUAACAAGCCAACAAUGUCACCAACUCACCAUCACGUCAUCAACAUCUAACAAGCCAACAAAGUCAAAGGACACCAACGGGAGUCAAAAGACCAAGACAAGCAAAAGAUCAACGUCUGGAAUGGUGUACAACUACUUUCCCAUCAUGUCAAUCUGGAAAAGUAGUUCAUUCUACCCCCCCAGUGUCGCGUCCCUAGCUCCAUCAUAUUACGCUAGUGACACGACUCAUAGGGACACGGUCACCAACUCGCUCGGACAAGCUCAUUACGGAACAACAACAACUCCAAUUCAAACUACCGCCAAUGUUGUCUCUGCGUCUCCAUCGCCGAAACACUCUCUCGACGCAGCGACACACAGGAAACGGAUGCGACAGUAA